AUGUCUCAGUGCAAUACACCACAGGAUCUUCUCUGGCAGUUGGAAAGCUGCAAGUUGGGAAAUACUCGUGUCGGCCAAGAUGAUCCGGCAACGAAAGACACCUUUCUAGAGGAUCAUUUGACAGAUCCUACUUUAUCUUAUGCCUCAGGAAUCCUCCUCCUCAGAGGUUGGUCGAACUAUCGGCAAUGGGAAAGAGACUGGCAGCCACUUGCUGCCCUCGUUGCCGGCUUGUGCCAUCUAGCAGAGAUCGAAUUUCUCGUUCGGAACGAUUUUCCGAUCUCUCUACAGGAAGCCAUAUCACAGCACCACCCGAAAUGUCAGCUGAAGAUUUUCUGGCCGCAGAACAUGACAUCCAGCGUCCCAGGUCUAAAAAAGCAAACAUGCCCUCGAGUGAGGAAGAUAAUGAGCAAUGACGACUUCGCCGGCAUCGAUAUCAAUCUUCUACGUCUCGAGGGGUUGCAUACAUUGUCCGUCCAGAUUCCGAGCAGAUCUGAUAGCAAAGGCCGCUGGAUAGAGAUUGAGGAAAUGCUGCCUUUCCUUCUUUUGGCUCCCAAUUUGAAGCACCUUCUCUUACGGAAAAGUUCCACAGCCCAUCGACUCCCAGUCGCUAUGCUGAAGCAAGAAUGGCACAACCUUGCGGUUUCCACGAAACCCGUGCCGGUAUCUUCCCUGCAUUCGAUUUCGAUCGGUGAAGCCGGGCCACCCGAAAAUAUCCUACUAAGGCUGGCCAGUAUCGCGGGUAUUUCCCAACUUCGGUCCCUUAGACUUGAUGAGUUAUCUGACUCAUCCAUGCUUGCACGGUUGGCUGGGCUUUUGCCCAACCUCGAGCGACUGUUUAUCUCGACAAAUGGACGCGGUUGGCGCUGUCCAGAUCUCAAUAGUGACGAUGAUAUUGGAAUCUCUGCAAUAAGGGCGUUCAAUCCCCUUGUUUAUCUCCAUCUUCGCGGCUUUCGCAGCACCUUCUCUCUGAACCAAAUCGUACAGCGACAUGGUCCUUCUCUAAAAGGUCUUAUAAUUGUGCCGUGCAUUCGGGACAAGGGUAGGACGGAAGACGACUCCGGGUAUAAAUAUCCAGAACUUGAUGCCUUUGGCAUAAGCCAGCUAGCCAAAUCCUGUCCCCAGCUAGAGGAACUCCGUCUUCCAAUCAAAAGAUCCAUGGGCAGUCAAGAAGAGUGCGAAAUGUACAAGGCAGUGGGGGCCUUUUCAAACCUCCAUAGUCUUGUACUGGAUCUUCAUUUCGAUCCCAGACCGCGGCCGGUAGACCCAACGCAUGAAGUUGAGGCAUCCGUUCUUCAGGAGAUAUUUGUGAAUGCGGCAAUGGAUGAGAUACUUGCUGUUCAUAUUUGGCACUUGAUCUCAUCUAACCAAGCCUCCAGCCGCCUACGGAACCUGCGCGUCAUUCCUUUUGGUCUUGAGCACCUCCCGAAUGAUGAGUAUCGCCUCGUUGACUGGUUGGCUCGUUCGUUUUUGAUCACACGCUACAACUUCCAGAACGUGGGGGUACCGGCUAUUAGGGAAAUCGGGAAAAGGGAAAGGGAGAUACUUAGGCAGUCUCGCUACCAGGGUUCAGAAAUAUGCAUCCCAGAGAGGCUAGCACAGGUUAUUUCUGAUAUCUGGCCAUCUGAGCGUGGUAAUAGCUGGGAGUCGGGACGCAGCAGCUUCCCUUUGCAGCCAAAUGAUGCUUAA